ACGACAGAGACGCUCCUCCUCACAGAGACUCACACUGAAGAUGCAGUCCUGCAGCGGUUUGCUGUUCUCCUUCCUGCUGAUCAUCACUGUGCUGCACUGCAGCGUUGAAAGCUUCAGAGUCCAGCAGCAGCCGCAGCAUGUAGGCCGGCCCCUUUUGAGGCCUCUGGCAGCUUUUCGUUUCCGUCCCGGUGGAGUGAAGAGGGACAGGGAGGAGCUAACAGCGAAGCUGCUCCUACUGGAGAACCUGGUGAGGAUGGAGAAUGAUGUCAUGGAGCCAAAGAGGAAGAGGAGUUUCCCCGGCAACAACGCACCUCUGGACCGCCUGUCAGUCAGCUCCAUGGAAACCAAACAGGCAACAAACAAGCAGAGUAAAGUCGCAGAGUUGCCACGGCGACGAGUCAACCCUCCUCCCAUCGACAGGAUUGGCAUGAGUCGUCUACCGAACAGCAGAGGAUAGGCUCCACCCCCUACCUCUGACAGCCCGCCCCCUCUCUACAGCGCCCCCUCUGGACAGACUCACCACAGAUGCAUGAAACAGCCAAUCACCAACUGCCAGUCACCUGCUGGGACACGCCCACCAAAUGCCUAUCACCCAAUCAUCCACCUUCGCCUUCAACCUGUGCGCACCCCCACACCCCCCCCACACCCCCCCACCCCACAGCAAUGAAUGUGCAGUGAUGCAUUCAGGUGCUGCUCCGUGAAUCCGUCACACCUGCAGAAGUGUCAGGACCAAAGAAAAGAUCAAACCAAAGUGACUUGAAUCAUCCGUGUGGUUUCCAUCACGUUCACGUCCUCAGCAGCAGAAAGUCUUAACACCGAGCACGUUCGAAACCUUCGGUUAGUUUCUAUAAAACCUUCUGCACUAAAACAUCGACUACGUUCACCUGAUUAACUUAACCUGAGUACAUUUCUACUCAGUCACUAAAAUAUUUAUAUAAUCAAUCUGAUGACGACAUGUGGAGCAAUCUGACCUUAUUGUCAUCAUGUCCACAUGUUGGAGCUUUGACAUACGACAGCUGGGGACGACACAUGACCUCAGUGUGAAGACAGAAAGUUACAACAACGAUAUUAAGACAUGAAUCAUAAUCAGACUGUUCUAUAACAUGUAAACAGGACUCUGAUGGAAUAUUCUAUAAACAAGAAAUCAGUCAGUCACGUUACUCGUAUUCACAAAUCAGUGCAACAUUUAUAUACGAGAGGAGACGUACAUCAAGAAGUCUCGUUGAGAUCAUUGUCCACCAUCAGGAUCCACACUUAAUGUCUAAUCCUGAUCAAGGUCACUAGUGUGAAUGUUGGUGUCCAUGUAAACGUUGUUACUGAUUAAACUGGAUGAAGCUGGAUGUUCACUGUCACCUGAAUGCAUCGCAACCCCCCCCCCCCUCCGAGACUCUGACCGGAGGCGUCCGUCGCCUCGACGCUCAAACUGAAACGUCUGUGUCUUAGUUCGAUGUCUUAGUUCGAUGUCUUAGUUCGAUGUCUUAGUUCGAUGUCUUAGUUCGAUGUCUUCACUGGUGCAGCAGGUCUGUUACAGCAGAUGACGAGUGGAUCCACUGCACCAACGAGUCGUCUGCAUCUGUGUUUCUAUAACAGAAGCUUCGGAGACAUGACACCAGUUUGUUUAAUGCUCCUCAUUAAAAAGAUGAAUAGAAAACAACUUUAAAAUCAACAGACGCCUGCUGGUGUUGUUCCGUCAGGAGCUGUAGUAAAAAACGCUGAUUCAGGUUCUGCAGCAUCAGCACAACGUACGACAUGAACCAUAAAUAGGAUUUACAGGCUGAUGAUGGUGCGACUCACUGGUGCAGUGGAAAACGUUUCCCCGUCAGAGAAAUGAUACUUGAGGAGAUUUGACUUCGUUCCUGCUCAGACCUGUUGACUGAUUCUGCUUCUGACUCUACGUGUUCUCGUGCUUA